GUUUGCCACGCACAUCCUCUUUCGUCUCUCGUAGACACUUCCGCUCUUUAGCACUUCAGUCACUCAUUUUUGCGUGUUGCGUUCAGUCGGCAGAAUUGACUUCUCGCCAAUUAUUCACAUUCACGACCACGAUCCCCAUUAGCAAACAGACACCAUUCGAAAGAUCCGAUUCGCAACCGAUCAGACAUGUACAGCAAGAUCUUCUUCGCCGCCCUCGUGGCUGGCGCGUCUGCCACUUCACCAGCAGCAUAUGGCCAGCCUGCUGGAUACGGCGAUGAUUCCAAUUCCACCUCUGCUGCGCCAGUCCAGGCAUCGAGCAGCGCCCCAGUCGCGCCAGGUUACGGCGGUGUCUCUUCUUCAAGCAGUGCUCCACGCGCCAUCCAGCUCGUCUUCCUCGAGCACGCCAUACUCGCCAAUCUCGACUUCCUCUGUGCCAUCUGUACCAGGGCUAGCUCCACUCCAUACUCGCCAGAGUCAACCGCCGAGGUCCCGUCCUACGGCAGCAAGAGCUCUAGCAGCCCAGUCGCUCCAAUCAGCACCGGCGUGCCAUCCUACCCAAGCCAGAGCAAGCCAGUCCCAUCCGGCUACUCUGCCUCGACUGUUGUCUACAACAACACUCUUACCUACACUCUCGGACACGGUUCAUCCGCUACCGUUGUCACCACCACCAUUCAAUCCACCUCGACUCUCUACGUCACCGUCACCGCUUACGCCACCAAGCCAGCCACUUCUGAGGCUCAGCCAACUGGCUCUGCUCCAGGCGGCUACAAGCCAGAGAGCACUGCAUACACUACCAUCAAGUCUACCUCUACCAUCACCAACUACGUCACUGUCUACCCAGCCAAGAGCACCCAAGGCAGCGCAGGCAGCGCUUCUACUCCAGUCAGCGCUGGCGAGGCUUGCGCUCCAACCACCGUCACCGUAACCGAGAAAGAGACCGUCUACAUUACCGUCCCAGCAAGCACCAGCUCUGCUGCUGUCUCCUCUACCAACUCUGUGGUCCCAAUUCAGUCCAGCUCUAAGGCAUGGUACCCAACUAACUCCUGGGGCCCAUCUUCCGGAUACGCUAGCAGCACUGGUUUUGCAACUUCCUACACCAAGCCAGCAUCGUACCCAAGCCAGAGCUCUUCCAGCUCCAGCUCGACUGAGGGAUCUCCAGUGUCAUCUUCCAGCGGUACUGCACCAGCUCCGUACCCAUACCCAAGCAAGAGCUCCAGCUCAAGCACGACCCCAGCCGCAGCAAUGACCACUUCAAGCGGGACUGCCCCAGCAGCAUACCCAAAGCCAAGCUCCAGCUCCAGCACUGAGGGAAGCCCAGUUUCCAGCUCAAGCAGCAAGAUCUACGCUCCCGGCUACGGCCCAAGCAGCUCAAGCACUCCUGUUGCACCAGUAUCCAGCGCAACAGCACCAGCAUACAGCUACGCUCCAUCGUCGACGAGCUCACCAGCAGCUGCAGUCAGCACCGCAUAUGUGACUCCAAUCCCAAGCAAGCCAGCCGGCUACUAAGCACCACAGAGCUACUAGAGUAGACCCGGUCUUUGAGAGAGAACAGGAUUAUUGCAAAGAUACCACAUGUCGCAGCAUCUCUUCACGACUUGAUGACGGUUAAGCGCUGCCGAAGAUUCCCUAUUGUUUUGAGUUGCAAUUUUUUGGAUUGGAAAGCCGGGGUCUGGAUGACCUGGCACUUCUCUGUAGCUUUGUUCAUUUACAGAUUAUUUUCUUGUUUGACCUUUGUUGGCUUGCCAACUGCUUGUGGAAGACGCGCGUGGAUAAGCAAUGGAAAUGUGUUUUGUCGUUUUGGCUUCUGUCUGUCUGCACAUAGUACGAGGCGAGGCGAGGCGAAUGAUACCAAGCUGGACUGGCACCGUGAGAAUUGUUUGGAAUUGACAUUUGGUCACCAGGACAGCCUAUAGGGCUGUCAUGCAAGCAUAAUACAGCCUGAUCUCACAACUCAACGACCGUAGGUUUGUUCAGCAUGUCUCGGUGUGGCUGG